UAAUUCUCCGUGAAUUGUAGCUUCUUUGAAGUUACAGACACAUAUUAUACUUGAAUCCAAAAGAAGAGCGAUAAAACUAGAAGCUCUAUCUCCGUAUCCAUGGCUGCAAAGACUUACUUCAACACCGCCUCACUCUUCAACAUUAUGUUCCUCUUCUCUUUACUCUCUUUGGUGGUGGGGCAUGAAACAGUGGAAUUGGAGCAGUACCCGUUGGUUGUGAGCACGUGGCCGUUCGUUGAAGCUGUCAGAGCUGCGUGGAGGGCUGUUGAUGGUGGCUUUUCAGCUGUGGAUUCCGUGGUUGAAGGAUGCUCUGCUUGUGAGGUGCUGAGAUGUGAUGGAACAGUUGGUCCGGGCGGCAGUCCAGAUGAGAAUGGAGAAACUACAAUUGAUGCUUUGGUCAUGGAUGGGGUGACAAUGGAAGUUGGAGCUGUUGCAGCCAUGAGAUAUGUAAAGGAUGGAAUCAAGGCUGCCAGGUUAGUGAUGCAACAUACUGAACACACUUUGCUGGUAGGAGAGAAGGCAUCAGAAUUUGCUAUUUCAAUGGGUCUUCCAGGACCUGCAAACUUGAGUUCACCAGAAUCUAUGGAGAAGUGGGUCAAAUGGAAAGAUAGUCGCUGCCAGCCAAAUUUCAGGAAAAAUGUAUUACCUGAAAAUAGUUGUGGUCCUUACCGUCCAACAAAUUACCUGGGGGAUCCUGAUGAAACAUGCUUCAGUGCUGGUCAGAUGCUAGCAAGUAACUCUGGAUUACUUCGUGUUGGCCGUCAUAGCCAUGAUACUAUAUCAAUGGCUGUUAUUGAUAGGAUGGGACACAUUGCAGUUGGCACAUCAACUAAUGGGGCAACAUUCAAGAUUCCUGGCAGGGUAGGUGAUGGUCCCAUAGCUGGAUCCUCAGCAUAUGCUGUUGAUGAAGUUGGUGCAUGUUGUGCUACUGGGGAUGGUGACAUUAUGAUGCGCUUCCUUCCAUGCUAUCAAGUUGUGGAAAGUAUGAGGUUGGGAAUGGAACCCAAACUUGCUGCUAAAGACGCAAUGGCACGAAUAGCACGAAAAUUUCCCAAUUUUUUGGGAGCCGUUGUUGCCCUCAAUAGAAAGGGGGAACAUGCUGGUGCCUGCCAUGGUUGGACAUUUAAAUACUCAGUUAGGAGCCCUGCAAUGAAAGACGUGGAAGUUUUUACUGUGCUACCCUGAGAAAGACUGUUGAAGAAAUGAGUGUCUUCGAACAAUUAGAUUCAUAUCAGCAUGCAAAUUUUGCUGGUUGAGGAAAAUUGAUGCCUCGUAAAUGUAAAUGUGCUUAAAUCGUCACGACUAAGCUGAGCAAUUAAUGUUGAUUGUACCAGAUUGUUUACAAUAUCAAAUGAUUGCAUGAAGAUUUCAGACUACAGGAUUUCAAUGUUGUCUGCCUAAGAAGUUAGAAGAAUAAGUCUUGCAACAUGUUAAUGUUAUUGUGAUAAUGCACAACGGAUAAAGAGAGUGCUUGAAUAGUUGAAUUAAAUGUGCGUGGACAUGUCUCCCAUCA